AACACACACAGUAGGUUACAGUACUUAGUUAAUAAAAGGGUCUGAGUGUGCAGUGCCAGUAUUUGCCACAUCAAGUUUUAUAAUUUUCUGCCAUACUCACUGCAGCCCUUACUCAUUACUCUUGAUUCAUUGCUUUGGUUGACAUUCAGAGAAACACUUUUUAUUCUAGGAAACCAUAAGGAAAUGUUAAUUAGAUUUUACUUUAAAAGAUCAAUUUCAACUUGCAAAUUUCAGUCCUGAAGAAAGGAAGGAAGUUUUGACGAAUUAUCUUUAGGAGGAACACAGCUCUUUCACAAUACAGUGCAGUAUCUGGAAUAACUCAGCGUUUCUGGGAACUGGACCAAGAAUGAGAAUGAUGAAGAAAUAGUCUACAUACCUUAUAAUGAGAAAUUCAGGGAGUACAAGUUUAUUAAAAGAAAUAUGUACAGCCUUUAUGUAUGAAGGAAGGAGAAAUUCACUGAAGUGUCUUUAAUAUAGGAGACAUUGUGUCCAGCUGAAAUUAGUCAAUAAGCUAUUAUGACAUGAAAUAGGACCUAAUUUAAAACAAAAGGUUUUCUAGACAUUUGAACUUGAUGUUAUUUUUUAGUUUGGUCAUAUUCAGUAAAAAGUAAACUCAGAGAGCACUGCAUGAGAAUAUCAAAUAAAAAUCUCUGGAGAUCUCUGGCCAUGGGGCCUCAUCCAAAGUACAUUUUAUGACCAGUUAUAUUCUUGAGAUUUGAAUGUGUCACAGUAGUAGUUUGUGUCGACCUUAAAACCUGUGAAUCUGUGACUCUAUGAAUUUUAGUUUGUAAAUACUGAUUUGAGAAUGAAACUAGGUCAUAGAUACUGAAUUUUAUUUUUUUAAAAAGCAUACCAAUAUGCCAAUAAACAUUAAUUUGAAUAUUAUUACCAGUGAACAAUUUAUUGUGAUUGAGGUACCAAGGCUUUACACCUGCCAACUUGCAGACAUUGAGUAAUCAUUUUAGGGACUUAAAAUAUUGUUUAAAAGGAAGUAAAAUAUUGUUAUUUCUCACAUCUUGGUUAAAAUGUGACUCACAGAAAUUGAGAUUUGGUUAAUUUUUAUACUGAGUCAUUGUGUCUCUAACACCAGACAUGAGCAGUCCUAGCAUUCCUACAUUAAGAGCAGACACUGUGAGCAGUGUGGCUUAUGCAAAAAGCAUUUACUCAGUUUCUAAUAACAGCUGUAAUGGUUUUAUUGCCUACACUUAAUCUGGAAACUUGUAAUUGUGGUAUUUCUAAGGGCUAUUAAUGAUCAGGGCCAAAGUCAGCCUGAAAUGCUUCUCCUGCUGCAGGUGUUCAGGAAUUCAGCUCCCCAGCUGGACGUUGCUGUUGGCUGUUUGUGCUGUUGGAAUUGGAGGGACCUUUCAGUAUGGGUACAAUGUCUCUAUUAUCAAUGCACCCACCCAGCAUAUACACAAGUUCUUAAAUGAAACCUGGAGCAGUCGUUAUCAGAAGGAACUCAAUCCAGAUUUGCUGACUUUUCUUUGGUCUGUCAUUGCUUCCAUCUUUUCCCUGGGAGGUCUGUGUGGAGCCCUGAUUGGAGGCAGCAUGGCCAUCCGGCUGGGCAGGAAAGGAGCUCUUUUGAUGAAUAAUGUUAUAGCAAUACUAGCCUCCAUUUUAAUGGGGAUCAGUUUUCCUACAGGAUUGUUUGAGUUACUGAUUGCUGGAAGGUUUUUGAUUGGCAUAAAUUCAGGUGUUGGGCUUUGUGUGCAGCCUCUUUAUAUUGGGGAGUUUGCCCCAAAACACCUAAGAGGUGGCUUGGCCAUGGGGACUUCCAUCUUUCUGACUGGGGGAAUUCUGACUGGACAAAUAAUUGGUUUGAGAGAAUUAUUAGGUGGAGAAAAGCAUUGGCCGCUGUUGCUAUCCAGCAGCUGCAUCCCAGCGUUAGCCCAACUUUUAUUCCUUCCAUGGUUUCCUGAAAGUCCCAGAUAUCUUCUUAUUGACAGAGAUGAUGAGCUGAGCUGUGCCAAAGCUUUGAAAAGAUUUCAUGGUUCCUCAGAGUAUCGAAGGGAGAUGGAAGACAUCCAGCGGGAGCGUUUUGCCUUGGAUGGGGAGAAACCCAAGAAACCCUGGCAAUUAUUCACUGACCGUGGUGUGAGAUGGCAGCUCAUCACUGUCAUUGUGAUGACAAUGGGCCAACAGCUCAGUGGCAUUAAUGCUAUUUAUUUCUAUGCAACUUACGUUUUUGAACAAGCUGGGAUCAUGGCAGAAAAAAUCCCGUAUGUGACACUUGGCACUGGAGUUUGUGAAUGUCUCACAGCCCUCUCCUGUGGUUUGCUGAUAGACUAUGUGGGAAGAAGAUGCCUUAUCAUUGGGGGUUAUCUCCUCAUGACACUCUGGUGCACUGUUCUGACCUUCUCUCUGACUUACCAGGAGCUGUACUCCUGGGUGCCCUACAUGAGCAUGGCUUGUGUAUUUGCCUUCAUCUUGAGCUUUGGGCUGGGCCCAGGUGGCAUAACAAACACCCUGACAGCUGAGUUAUUUGUGCAAUCCUCACGUCCUGCUGCCUACAUGAUUGCAGGGACUGUGAGUUGGAUUAGUUUCUUCACAGUUGGAAUGCUCUUUCCCUUCAUAGUGAAUGGACUGAAGCAGUAUUGUUUUGUGGUGUUCUUACUGGAGUGCUUCUUUGUUGCUGCUUUCAUCUUCCUCAUAAUUCCUGAGACAAAAAACAAAUCUUUUCUGGAAAUCAAAAAGGAAUUUCACAAGCUUAAUUUUGGAAGAAAUGCCAGGAAAAAGGAAACAGAGCUUUAUGAAAGAAGACAACUACAAGAUGAAUUUUUAAAGAUUUCUGCAUAAUUUCACAAAUGCAACAGAACUUCAGUGAGAAUUAUGAACUUAUAGUUUUAUAGUUUUUAUAGUUUUCUAUAUAUAGUUUUCUUAUAGUUAUAGUUUUCUAAAUUAGGAGUGUAAUGCAGGAUCAAGUGGCUUAUUAAAUCUUCCUGUGUAUUUAGAGGAAGUGUAACUAAAGGCAAGUCAGUAUUGCUGAAAUACUAACAACAUACUGUAUUAUCCACAGAAAACUUGAUGUUUAGUUGUAUAACCUGGUGCUGUAGGGAUGCAGAAAUGCCAGGGAGGAUGUUCAGUGAGCCCCUCUGGCAGAUUUCUGCAGAUAUUUCAGAUAUUUCACUCUUCUUGCAUUUCAAAGCUCUUCUUCAGUUUGGAUUGUCAGGCACAUCCAAAUGCUUUGCUGAGUGUAACAUUCUGAGUUCUUGUUAAAAUCCACACAAGAACUGAGAACUGGUAUUUGAAUUGUUCCAGUUUAUGUAGAAAUAGGGGUAUUAGUUUCUGUUUUCCAAUUAUGUAGCUUUGAAAGCCUUAAAAACAUUACUCAUCCAGUCCUAGUACUGUACUGUACAACAAAAUACAGCACUUCUCUGAGUUACUGGUAUUUGUAAUAAAAACUUGUAUCCUGAUAAAAGAA